CCUCGCCCUCGCCUCCCCCCAUCCCGCCGCCGCAUCGUUCCAGCGUCGACAUGUCUAGAAUUUGGUUUGUUGAGUUAGUUAGCUAAUCUGGAAGAGACAGGCGAAGAUGUGGCUGAAAUACCGCCGGCACUGCGUAUACUCUCGGAGCCAGGCGCCAAUCUUCUUCCUGGGGUUAGUUUUCGGGAUGUAUGGAUCUAACAUUAGGAAUACAACUUCGUGGGGUUGCCUUGUGUAUCUUGAUUCAACCCAUCCAUCGAAGAGAUCACCAAUUGGUUUUCUGUGAAAUCAAUUUGAUCACCAAUUUAUGCUGCAUUUCCCCUUCUAUUUCGUUAUAUAUCUUUUAGAAGGAAUUUUUUGAUUUUUGGACGUUCAACUAUAAUUUCCCGUGUCCGGUGUUUGCACAGUAUUUCGAUUUGCUUACCGCUGUUAUCAGAUAUGACUAGCAUCUCUUCGUUGGCUCUCAAGAUAUUCUUGAAAGCGGAUGGGGAUGGCAGAGGCUGCUGCCGUACGAGCCUUAUUCUGUUCAGUGGCCUAAGUUUAAGGGAUACCUUCAGGACUAAUAUAACAAAAAUGUUGAUGAAGUUGCUGCCCUUAUUAUGAACAACAAGCCUGAUUUCUAUGUAUGGGGCAUUCCUCCUAAUUUCAAUGCCUCGCGUGGUGCAGCAGACCUGUGUGUUAGGAGUGAGGCCAAGCUCCAAAGCCUCCCGAGAACUCUCGGUGGUGAGGAUAUCAAACUGAGCCUUACAAUCAUGGAACACGCAAAACUAACACUUAAGUCAGGGGAUGAAUCUUUUCUUGCAGCCCCUGGUUUUCUGGUAUGCUUCUUACAGGUCAGGCCAAAUUUUGUGGCCUACUUAAUUUCUAGUAAUAUUUAUUUGGUGUUUGUUAACCUUUUUUCACCAAUUGCAAACAACUGUUUCAAGUGUAUCAUGAAGGAAGCUGAGUUGAUGUACCAGCUGCUGCAAUGCAAGUUUGACUCUACCAACUUAAUCAGCUUUAGCAAUCAGAUCCGGAGAUCUGCAUUGAAUCUUAUGAUGUACAAUGUGGAUAAAUCUACCGCAGUCCCAGCCGCUGCAGCCAUGGUGGGCCUUGCAAGGGAGGCUAAGAUUGCGCAUUACGUGCUGGCUCGAGAGGACUUUGAGCAUUACCUAGACUAUGAGGUGUGUGAUAUGAUUCGAGAAGGUACCACUAAAGUUUUGACCAAGCUCGAGAGAGAAUUUGCAAGUGAUACUUCUGGUCAUAGUGGUGUGCUUGGAGCUUCUACUACUCACAAAUCAGAGGAGCCAGAAGCCAGGACGGUUACCAAGGAUGAGGAGCUUGCAGGGAAGCCUUUGCAGUCAUCAGAGCCGCUGAAGUAAUCAUCACAUGGACGAUGACGAAGUCUGGAAGACGGAUGGUUACUGUGGUUCCUUUUGGCCUGCAGAAUUUAGUUCUCUAGCUUGUUAUGUGCGUUCAAAUUGUGUUAUCACAGUAAUGUACUAACGUUUGUACUGAAAACUACUUGGUUUUCUGGCAGCGAUGUACUGUUAUGUUUUC